UAUGAAAAUACUUUAAUAUAUAUUUUAUUUAAGCAAAUAUUAAAAUAACACAAUUGACGAGUUUUGUUAAAAAAUAUAUAUAGUUUUAUUUAUUUAUUUUUGAAUGUUGUUUGGUUGUUGCUAAAUAAUGGGCUGAUUUUGACAGUUCGACAAACGUACCCACAUGUUCAUCAGCUUUAUAUUUAGGGUUACAUUUUACAAAACAUAAUUUAUCGAAAGAAAAACAUUAUUGUUUAUUUUCAUUAGUGGAAAUAGUUUGACAGACGUAAUGGCAGAAUCACAAUCACAAGAAGAUAAGAGAAAAAAAAGAAAAAGAGGUAAAUCAGUGUUAAUGAAUGCAAGACGUUAUGGAAAGCAAGGAAAAUUUGGUAGAGGAUCACAUUUAGAUGAAGAUGUAUACCAGUAUUUUGUUAGAGUUUUAGAACUUCUAAAAGCAGGCUUUGAAAAUGCUGAGGAAAAGCAGUGCCUAGUCAAUAAUGUAUUUGAAGAAAUUAAAGGCAAUGAAAUCCAUUAUUCAUACAAUCAGAUUGGAUGUAGAGUUAUAGAAAGCAUACUGCCAGAUGCAGAACCAGAAAAUUUAGAACACAUGAUGACUUGUAUGUCAGAUGACUUACGUAAAAUAUCCUGUGAUAGAUUUGCUAGUUAUAUUUUGCAAAAGUUAGUAGAUGUAUGCUCAAACAGAUCUGCAAUAAAACCUGAAGAAAAUGCUAAAACAUACUCUUCAGAACAUGUAGAAAAAUGCAACCUUUUUACUAUUAAAAUAAGUAAAUAUUUACUCAAUAAUAUGGAAGACUUCAUAUGGGAUAAUUUUGCAAACAGAAUUACCCGACAGUGCAUUAUGAGUUUAGCAGGAAUGAAACCUGUUGAAGACAAAAGUAGAUAUAAAAAAGAAAUGUAUACAUUUUCUGAUGUUCGUUCAGAGUGGCAUGAAAUUGUUGAAGAUUACGUACAGAGGUUGUUGAGAUGGCCACAGCUAAAUGAUUUUGCAUAUUCAGAAUUAACAUCAGGUUUUCUACAAAUUGUGAUAUUUGCAAUAAAAGAUAGGCAACCAAAAUUACAAAAACAGCUGAUAAAAUAUUUGGUUAAGGAAAGUUUUAUCAAAAAAGAAAACGCCGAAGCAAAUGCCGAAGAUAAUUAUGGUCCUCCAGUAUUUGAUUCAGAACCUGCAACAAGAUUACUAGAGUGUAUAUUAAAUGCUUCCAAUGACAAACUCUUUCAGUAUAUCUACAAAAAAUGUUUUGUAGGAAACUUGAGGGCACUAAGUUUAAAGAAAUCCAGUAACUUUGCUGUACAGAAUUUGCUCAAUAAUUGUAAUGAUAAAGAUAUUCUCGAGUCUAUUUUUGUUGAAUUAUCAGAAUCAUUUAAAGAUAUUUUAGCUACGGGACAUACUGGAGUCUUGCUUUCAAUAACUAAAGCUUGCAGGAGAUUGGGCACUCAACAAGCAAAACUUAUUAAUGUUUUCUCUAAUAUGCUGGAAUGUAAUGAUGAUAAAACAUCAUACAAAUUUGCACCUCUGAUAAUUCAACUAUUACCUUUACCACGAGCUGAAGAAGUAAAUACUUUUGUAAUAAACAUUCAUGGAUCUUUUAUAAUACAGGAAAUGUUGCUGUUUAAUAAACCAAUCAAAGUUGUAAAUAGUUUAAUGGCAAUGAGCCCUAACGAUCUCUUAAAAUUAUUUUGUGAUCCUAAAGGCAGCCAUAUAGCAGAUGUAUUUUUCCAAAGUCAGUAUAUAGGAGAAAAAAGCCGUGAGAAAAUGUGCAGAAUAUUAAAGGGGACCUUCUCUGACUUGGCUAUGUCUAAAUAUGGAUCUAGAGCUUUUGAGCACAUUUGGGAGAAGAGCAAUAAAGGCCAACAAAGCAAAAUAAUGAAUGAAUUAGUUCAGAAUGUUGGUCCACUCAUGGGCUCAGAUAUCGGACGAAUCAUUGGCAUUAAAUAUAAUGUGGAGUUAUAUAAAAGGAGUCCUACAGAUUGGGAACAACUCAGUCAGAAACAAUCAAAUAUUAAAAAAAUGUUUGAUGAUAUUAUUACUAAAUAAUGUAGUUCUGUUAAGUCUUCAGUAUGUAUAUUAUAAUUUUAUUACAGACUGA